AUGGCAGUUACUUUCUCAGAUCUACACACAGAAGAGGGUCUCAAAUCCCUCAACGAUUUCCUCUCCGGAAAAACCUACAUUUCUGGGGAUCAAUUGACCAAGGAUGAUAUCAAAGUGUAUGGAGCUGUUACUGAGAAGCCAAGUGGGUCUUUUUCCAAUGCUGCUAAUUGGUAUGAUGCUGUGUCUUCAAGUCUUGCUGCUAGUUUCCCUGGAAAAGCUCAAGGUGUAAAGUUUACAGGAAGUGGUGCUGCUCCAGCUGCAGAAGCACCUGCCAAAGCAGAUGCGCCCGCUGCUGAAGAUGAUGAUGAUCUUGACCUCUUCGGUGAUGAAACAGAGGAUGAGAAGAAGGCAGCAGAGGAUAGGGAGGCAGCUAAAAAGCCUGCCAAGAAGAAAGAAAGUGGCAAAUCUUCCAUUCUGCUUGAUGUUAAGCCUUGGGAUGAUGAGACAGACAUGAAGAAGCUGGAAGAGGCUGUUCGCAGUGUUGAAAUUCCCGGUUUAACCUGGGGAGCAUCCAAGCUUGUUGCUGUUGGAUACGGGAUCAAGAAGCUACAAAUCAUGAUGACAAUUAUCGAUGACCUUGUCUCCGUGGACGACCUCAUUGAGGAGAGACUCACAGUUGAGCCAAUCAAUGAGUAUGUCCAGAGUUGUGACAUCGUCGCAUUCAACAAAAUUUAA